AUGGACCGUUGUGUUAAUUGUGGCGUAGCGACUGGUCGCUGUAAUACAAUAGGCAAACGAGUUUUACUUGACCAAGCAACUCUAUCUGUGAUCCGUGAAUGGUGUGCACCUGAACCUGUAAACAACAACGACUAUGCAUGUCAGGCCUGCUGGGACUUAGCUCAAGGGGUGGUCUUAGGUAGUCGAUCUAUAGAUGAACCGAGAGCAGUAGGUCACUCCACUGUUUGUCUCCGCUGUGGACGUUCGUUGUCAUCACAACGUGUUACUCACCAACUUCAAACUAAUUCACCUCGUAAAUUGAGAAUUAUUAAUGUUAUUCGAGAAUGGAUUAUGCCACAAACUGUGGCGGAAACCAGUCGCAUAUGCCAUUCUUGUUGGGUGUUAGCAGACAGAGUUGCUGUUCAUAUGAUUUCUGGGCCAUCAACCUCUAGACAAAAUACCAUGCCUCAAAUACAACCCCAGCUACUAGAUACUCGAUUAUAUCACUGGAAGAACAAUUGCAAUCUCCACCUACGCCUCAAACUAUGCUAG